AAUUGAAUAAUUUUUUGAAUCAAGCUAAAAAUCACGACCAUUUUAACCGAAUCCAACCUUACGAGUAGAAAUAUUGUCUGAUUGCUAUCACGUGAUUCCAUGAUUGUGUUUGUUUUGGGCUAUUUUCUUUUUCUUUUUCGUCCUCGCUAAAAGAUUUCUUUUCUUUUUGUAAAAAAUACGAAAACAAAAUUCAUUGAUAAUAAUUUUUUAAAAUCAUAAUCUUUAUUGUUAUAAUCAUAAAAUAGAUUUAAUUGUUAAACAACUUUUCCUAAAUUUAUUUUGAUGAUGAAAGUCAAGUAAUUGAAAAAAAUUGGUCGAUUUAAACGAAAGAAAUGUGAAAUAAAAAUAAUUCGAUCAACCGAAUACAAAUUUGUGGUCCAAUUUUCUUUUAGUUUCGAAAUUCUUGUUUGUUUUUUUUUGUUUCUUUCUUUUCAAUGUUUAUAUUCUUUUCAUAUGGUUAAAUUAUCCAUGAAUGGUAGGAAAUUGUAAUUGAAUAAUAAUAAUGUCUGGUCGUCGUGAAUCGGCUGCGAUGGGUAGUGGUGGUGGCGGUGGUUCUGGAAAUUAUCGUUAUAAUAAUCAAUUUAAUCAUCAAAAUAGAGGUGAUAAUCGUAGAGAUCGAAAUUAUCAUUCAAAUUCAUCAACAACAACACCGAUAAAAUCCUAUUAUUCAAAUGGAUUAAUCGGUGAUAAUGAUCGACGAAGAAAUGUUUCGAAUGAACGACAACAACAACAACAACAUGAUGCGGAUGAUGACACGGAUGAAUCAGAAAAAUCGAAUGGUUACAAUAAAAAUGGUAAUUUUUCUCAUGGAAAACAUCCAUAUUAUCAUCAUCAGAAUAAUCAGAAUAAUAAUCAAUCACAACAACGAAUGACAACCAUACCGAUACAAUGUCAAAAUGAUUUACAAAAUUUCCUAAACAUAAUACGUCCAUUUACGAGUCUUACCGAGAAAAAAUCCUGGCCAAAUACAUUCAAAGAUUUAACAAUUUUUUAUCGUUCCGCUAAAUCAAUGCGUAAUAAUAUAUUUAUUGAACGUAUUUUCACCGAAUCAUUACGAGCAUUUGAAAAAAUUUUCAAAGAAAAAUUAUAUAAAAAUACUGUUGAAGAAAUGAUCGAUUGUAUGGCUGCAUUAUGCGAUUCAUUGGAAACAUCAAAAUCCGAUCUAUUCGAAUGGAUAUUUAAAAUAUAUUUUCAACAAUCAACUAGUGAAGAAAAUCGUUUAAUAAUAUUACGUUGUUUAUCAUCGAUAAUGAUCAAUUGUCAAAUGAUCGCUAUGGAUAAUUAUUUUUUCAUUCAAUUAAAAUUGAAAAAAUCAUUAGAAACAACCAAUAAUAUUGAAAUAUUUUUACAGAUUUUAGAAUUAAUUAUUGUGAUUGGUCAACGUUCACCAAAUUCAUUACAACGUCAUAUUGAAGAUUUAAUGGAUAUACUUUUGGGUUGGUAUUUGGAUGGUCAUCAAACAAUAAUGACAUUAUAUUUAAUUGAAAAUAUAAUAUUAUCAUUUGAUUUUAAAAAUCAUUUAAAAUUUUCAAAUAUGUUAUUACGAUCAUUUAUUGAAGAUGUGGAAAAAUAUUUUCAUGAAUCAAUGUUUAAUUUGAAAAGAACAACUGAAUCGUCAUCGAAGGCAAAUGUUGAAUCAAUAAAUUCAAGAUUACAUACAAUGGCAUUACGUAUACGAUUAUUUGCCAUAUUUUAUCGUAAAAUUUUUAUGGAAAAUCGUAAAGAAUGUCAAAAAUUGAUGCUAGUAAAUACGGAACAAAAUUUUCAAUUCUGUAUUGAUUCAAUGGCAAUUAUAAUUAAAGUAAUUAUUAAUUUAUCACCAUAUAAAUCAUUAACAAUGUUUGAAGAAUUAUUAAUUGAAUGUAAUCAAUCGAUAAUCAUUUUAAUGGAAACAUUCAGUAUAUUAUUUGAUGCGGAUAUUUGUUUUCGUUUAUUGGAAAAAGAUUGUCAUGAUUAUUGUCAAAUUUUAUUCGAUAUAAUGGAUAUUCAAAUAUCAUCGAAAAAAUCUAUUAUAACUGGAUUGGAUUUUAUUCGAUUGUUCGUAAAAAAUUCCAAAAAUAUUAACGAUGAAAUUGUUGAUAAACUUUUUUGUUUAAAAUUUCAAUCAUUAAAAUUUUCAAUGGAUAAAAAUGUUCAACAAUCAUUUAUAUCGUUAUUUUUUGGUUUAUUGAAAAUUAAAAGUGUUGAAAUUAUUGAUAAAUCAUAUCGACAUAUUUUAUCAAAUAUAAAAGUGUCAUUCAAUUUUCUACAAAAAAUCAAGCAAAAAAAUGAAAAUGAAAAUUUUGUUCCAAUUAUCAAGAAUUUAGAUUUACCACAACAAGAUCAACCAUAUCAUUCGAUUAUAACGAAUGAACAAAAAUGUUUAAUCGGGCUAUAUGUUGAUCUGAUUUUAUUGACCGAAAUUGCCAAUACAAAACAUUCAUUGAUUGCAAUGUUAGCAUUAUCACCAAAUUUUUUGGAAUUAAUGUUAUAUCAUAUAAAUUUAUCUAAUGAAUGGUUAGCUGAUGAAUAUUCAUCUAUUCAUCAUUCAUUAUUAUAUUUAUUUUGUUCAUAUUGUCAAAAACAUCAUAAUUUUCUGCCGCAAAGUUCAUUGUUUGUUAAUCAAUCAUCAUCAUCGAUCAACAACAACAAUAAUAAUGUUUUACGAUAUUCAACCAAUUCCAAUGCAUUGAAUUCAAUAUUUCCAUUAUCCAAUAUUGGCUCAAUUUUAGAUAAUCAUCAUUCGCAAUCAUCAUUAGCAAACACUGCCAUAAAUAUAUCAAGCAGCAAUAACAACAACAGUUCAUUACGUUUUUCACCAAAUUCACAUGCAAGCAAUUAUUUUGUUGAUAUUAUUAAAAAUUUAAAAUCAAUUUUAUCGAUUAAUAAAUUGAAAAUGGAUUCAAUUAUUGUCUGUCUACGUUUAUGUGAAAAUAUUGUUCAAUAUUUUGGUACAGUAAAUAAACAAUCGACUACUGUUAUUGCAUUGGAUGAAUUUGUUGAAUUGAUUGAAAUUGUUUCGGAAUAUAGUUUUGCUAAUGAUUAUCAAAUAUGUCGAUUAUCAUGUACGAUUGCCAAAAAUUUAAUGCCAUUAAUCGAUGAUCAAUCAUUAUCAUUAUAUUGGCAAGUUUUUUAUAAUUAUCGUCGAGCAUGUGAAUUUAAUUUAGCACAUACUGAUAAUAAUAUUAACCAUCUGUUUCUUGAUCUAUUAUCAUUAUUACCUGUUUGUUCAAUGACAAAAACAAGAUUAAAAAUACCGAAUCAAAUACGAUCAACACUUUGUUAUUUACCAUUAAUAUCAAAUAAUUUGGAUAUGAUAAAAAUAUUUCAAUAUAAUUAUUGGACGGCAAUAUUUUGGAUUUGUUUCGAAUUUGUUCAACUUUGUAUUGAAAAUCGUUUGAAAACACCGUUAGGAAAACCACAAGAUACAUUUACUAAAAUUGAAUCAUUAAUCAAAAUGUUUGUGGCUGAAAUUUCAACCAAUUCAAAUGUUAAUCGUUUACAGAUAAACGCAACGAACAAUAAUCAAAUGACAACUUCGAAACCGAAUACAAUUCGUAUUCAUAUGUUAUUGAUGAUUAUGGAUAAUUUUGAUAAACUUAUCUAUAAUGCUAUACAUGGUAAUUCACUUCGUCUUUAUUGUUCAUCAAAAUUAUCAAAACAAUUUUUUAAAAAGAAUCGUGCCACCUGUUCAGAAUGGCUAAAUCGUAAUCGUCGUUCGAUAAUGGUAUUGGCUUCAAAAGUUGGACAAUUAAGUAUUGUUGUUCAUCAUGGUCAGGAAUUGUUACGUAAUUAUCAAUCUGAUCGUACAUUGUUUACAUUGGAUGAAAUUGAAUUUAUUUUAUUGUUAAUGAUCGAUGCAUUGAUACAGAUGAAAGCAUCGGAAACAAUACGUGGUUAUUAUAAUUGGGUUAAACAAUAUUUGGCCGUAAAAUUUGUUUGGAUUAAAGCAGCUACGGAUGAAGCAAAUGGCCGUUAUGAACGUGCAUUAAUUCAAUAUCGAAAUCUAUUACAGGAUAAAGUUAUUGAUAAUGGAAUCAAUGUCGGUGGUGAACAACAACAACAACAAUCAUCCGCAGCUAAUCUGAAUACAUUGAAUUUAAUUAGUUCAAGUAAAAAUUUUAUCUGUAAUAGUUAUACGGUAAAUUUUUUUCGUAAAAGAAUUUUAAAUUGUUUGUUGAAUAUUGAAAAUUAUGAUAAUGCAUUGGAAUGGUGGAAAUCGACUAAUUGUGAAUCGAACAAAACAAAUAUUAAUCAAAUGGCUACGAAUUUAUUUGGUUCGGCAAAUAUUGAUUAUUCAUAUCUGAAAUCUUUAUCUACUUUUACUACUGAAAUUCAUAAUGAUAAUGAUGAUGAUAAAAAUUGUCGAAUGACCAAUGAUAUAGUGACAUCUAUUGAUCAAUUACAACAACAACAACAACGUUCAAUGUUUUUCGAUAUUGAAUCCAGUUAUCAUCAAAUUCAAUCAAAACUUUUUCAAUUUGCCAAUGAAUUUUAUCAAUCAUACAACGACGAUAAUAAUGUUGAAAUGUCGAAAAAAUUUGUUGAAAAACUUGAUGAUUUAAUCGGGCAACGAAUCGAUCCAUUAAUACGUUCGUUUAAUAUGUGUGGUAUGUCGGUGGAAAUUCAUUUUGCAAUGUUGCAAAAAAUAUCUCAUCAAUUACGUGCGAUUAUUCAACCACCACCAACAACAACAACAACAUCGGAAAAAAUUCGUUUCGAUCUAUUUGAAUGGGAAGAUUUAAAUAUUGAUCAAUUAAUUAAUGGUCUAUCAUGGUAUCGUGUGUUUGCUAAAUUGAAUGAAAAAACUAAUCACAUUGAACAGGAUAAUAUGAAAUAUUCAUUGAAUCGAUUACUAUUGAAAACGGCACGUAAAGCAAGAAAAACACAAAACAUGCAAUUAGCUGAAGAAUUAUUGUUUCAAUUUGCCAAUGUAACAGCAUUAAUGAAUGUGAAUGAUCAUUCAUUGGAAAAUAAUAAUCGAUUAAUCAAUAUUGUUCAAAAUUCAUUAAACAAUACAUUAUUGAAUCAAAAUCUAUUAGAUUUUUGUUAUGAAACAUCGGAAUAUUUAUAUGAUAAACAAGAACAAGAAUCAGCUAUUAAUAUUUUAUUGAAAAGUGUUGAUAUUUUACUUGAAACAACAUCAAAAUAUACUGCGGAUAGUAAUAAUAAUAAUAAAACAAUGUCGGAAUGUACAUCGCGAAUAUUCUUGAAAUUAGUACAUUAUAUUCAAUCAGAUUCAAAUGAAUGUUGUUGUUUGAAACAAUUUGAAAAACUUGAUAUGAAUACAAAAUUUUUGGCAAUCGAUGAAAAAAUGUCUUGUAUUAGAAAUUUAAAUUAUUUUGAUAAUAUUAGUGGUAAAUUAUUAUUAUUAUCGGUAAAUAAUUGUCCAUCAAUGGCAAAAGCUUGGUAUCAAUUAGGUGAUUGGUGUUAUAGAUGGGGUAGACGUCUUAGCGAUAUUGAUACAGUUGGUGAUGUUGGUGGUGGUGAACAAUCAACAACAACCACAGCAACAACAACAAUGAUGACCAAUGUUAUCGAAUCGUCGAAUGGACGUGAAGCAAAUAUUAUUGAAUUUUAUAAAUUGGCUGCAAAUUCUUAUAUAAGAUUUUUACAUAUUAGUGGUCAUAAUGGAUGUGAUGAUAUUGAUGCUACAUUACGUUUACUUCGUUUAAUAUUAAAACAUGCACCUGAAUUACGUGAAAUAUUGGAAAUUGGUUUGAAAGAAACACCAACAAAACCAUGGAAAAAUAUAACAUUACAAUUAUUUUCACGUUUAAAUCAUCAUGAACCAUAUGUACGACAAAGUAUUUGUGAAUUAUUAUGUCGUAUUGGAUCCGAUUCACCACAUUUAAUUAUAUUUCCAGCUAUUACCGGUUUAUUAGAUGAUCAGGUUAAAUCAAAAAAUUUUGAUUAUACAUCAACUAAAAAUGAAGAUGAAGAUGAGGAUGAUGAAGAAGUCAAUUCCACAGAUAUCGAUCAAUCAUUAGUACGUAAUUGUUAUACAUCAUUAUUGGAUACAUUAAGUCAAAGGGAUCCAAAACUAAUUGUACAGGCAAAAUUAUUUGUACAUGAAUUACGAAGAAUUACUGUAUUAUGGGAUGAAUUAUGGAUCGGUAUAUUACAACAUGGUAUGAAUGAAAUGAAAAAACAAGUUGUUGCAUUGGAAAAAGAAAUUGAAAAAACCAGGAAAAAUAUUAAUCUUUAUGAAAAAGAGAAAAUAUUGUUUAUAAAAGAACAGCAUAAUAUAUUUUUUCGUCGAUUACUUUAUUCAUUACAAUUAACAAAUAUGUUAACAUCGGAUACACCGGAAACACCGCAUGAAGAAUGGUUUCAAAAAAAUUUCAAUCAAUUAAUUAAUCAAUUAAUCGAAUCGAUUGCAAAUCCAGAAAAUAUUUAUGAACCAUCAAAUAUAUUGUUUAAUUAUCAGAAUCUUUUUCAAACAAUACGUAAACGUUCAUUAGCAUCGAAUAAUUAUCGUUUUUAUAUGCAUGAUAUUAGUCCACGUUUAGCUACGCUUGAUAAUACAAUUAUACCGUUGCCUGGUUUGAAUGGUUCGAAUGUAAUGUUGAAAGGUGUAUUCAAAACAGUUUCCAUAUUACAUACGUAUACGAAACCGAAAAAAAUCAUAUUAAUUGGAUCGGAUGGUCGUAAUUAUUCAUAUCUAUUUAAAGGUCAUGAAGAUCUACAUCUUGAUGAACGUAUUAUGCAAUUUUUAUCAAUAAUCAAUCAAAUGAUUGCAAAAUUUGGACCAACAAUUAGUCAACAGAAUAAUAAUAUUAAUAAUGAUCGUUUGUUUAUACGUGCACGACAUUAUUCGGUUACACCAUUAGGUAAUAAAUCCGGUUUAAUACAAUGGGUUGAAGGUGGACAUGCAUUAUAUAAUCUUUAUAAACGAUGGCUUUCAAAUCGUGAAAUAUCAUUGGAUGAUAUUAAUAAACGUAUAACAGCAAAUGAAAUAUUUAAAUGUAAAUUAGCCGAACAUGGAAUGACGUCGGAAAAUCGCAAUGAUUGGAAUACUGAUUUAUUACGUAAAGUAUUUGAUGAAUUAUCAACCGAAACACCAAAUGAUUUGAUUGCAAAAGAAUUAUGGUGUUCAUCAGUAAAUUCAUUUGAUCAUUGGAAUUUAACACAGAAUUUUAUUACAUCUAAUGCAAUAAUGUCUGUAAUUGGCUAUAUACUUGGUCUUGGUGAUAGACAUUUAGAUAAUAUUCUAUUGGAUUUAACUACUGGUGAAGUAAUUCAUAUUGAUUAUAAUAUUUGUUUUGAAAAAGGUAAAACAUUACGUGUACCUGAAAUGGUAUUAUGUCGUCUAACACAAAACAUUGUCAAUACAUUCGGUGUAACUGGUGUGGAUGGUACAUUUCGUAUAUCAUGUGAAAAUGUAUUGAAAAUAUUACGUAAAGGAAAAGAAACAUUAUUAACAUUAUUGGAAGCAUUUGUUUAUGAUCCAUUAAUUGAUUGGACACCUGAACAUGAAGAAGGUUUUACUGGUGCUAUUUAUGGUGGUGCUAAAAUUGCACAAUUAGCUAAUGAAGGUAAAAUAAUACCAAAAAAACAAAUGGAAAAAGAAAAUCAAGAAGCAAUUGAACGUUUAAAACAAUUAAUGAAAUCAGUUGAACAACGUAAUAGUGAUUGGCCAAAAAUUAAUAAUGAAGAACCACAACAAGAUUUACAGAUAUUGGCUAAUCAGGCAAAACAAUCUGAUAAUAAUAAAAAUAAUCAACAACAACAGGUGAUUGAAACAAGAAAAAAUAAACGUAAUGUUUAUGCAUUUUCUGUUUGGAAACGAAUACGAAUGAAAUUAGAUGGACGUGAUCCGGAUCCAAAUAAACGUUUAUCAAUAUAUGAUCAGGUUAAUCAUUUGAUUAAUGAAUCAAUAUCGAUGGAAAAUCUUUCACGUAUGUAUGAAGGAUGGACUAGUUGGGUAUGAAUUUUUCCUGGUUUUUUUUUCACCGGUCAGCUAUAUACCGAUGCUGUUUUCGCUGAUCAUUUGUCAUUUUUUUUAAUUUGUAAAUGACAAAUGUUAUAAUUGGCCAUGUUGGUGGUGGUGGACCAUAUUC